AAGACUGUCAAGUCAAAUACGAAACGAAAGGUUCAUUCAAUUUCAAUUUGUUUUCAUUCAUGAAUUGCGAAGGAACACUGUGAAACUAUAAAACAUUAUUUAUUUAUUUGUUAAAUCGUUAUCACGUGCUAAAUAUUUAUAAAGUAGCGUGUCCAAAUAUCUACCGCGCACGUAGUUUUUUUUAAAGCUUACAGAUGUGAUGUGAAUUGGAAAUAUCGUCUUUAAUUUAAACAAUACACCCAUUUUCUUUCUUUAGUUUAGUUCAUGAUUAUGAUAAAAUGAGCCACUCAUCGACAUCGAUUGCUGAUGGAACUGCUAGUUCCAUUAGCAAUGUAGAAACUACAUCGGAUACAGCUCAAUUAUUAAGCCAUGAAGAUGCAAGCACUUCUAAUUACACGCAACUCAACAGAUCUGUGCCAUAUGAGGACUCUGACGAUGAUCAAUUCCAUGGUAGCCAUGGAAUUAGAAGGCGACAAGCUCAACAGAAAAUUGAACCUGGAUCUAUGAAUGUUCUAUCAGCUAAAUAUGAAAGUUUAGACUAUGACACAUGUGAGAACCAUCUACUUCUUGAUGAAGAGAGGAAACGAGGGUAUGCUUUUAUAGUGUGGAAAGACAUUGCUAGAUGGUUCAUCAUUCUACUAAUUGGCAUAGUAACUGCCCUCAUAGCAUUUUUUAUAGACAUAUGCAUAGAAGAAUUCUCAAAGAUUAAAUACAGAGAGCUGAAGAAAUCUGUGGACAAAUAUGUUUUAGAAGACAAACUGUACAUUCCUUAUUUGCUGUGGGUGUUAUCAAACAUUUGUAUUGUGUUCAUUGGAUCUAUGCUUGUUGCAUAUGUUGAGCCAGUAGCAGCUGGAAGUGGUAUUCCUCAAGUAAAAUGUUACUUAAAUGGAGUCAAAGUGCCGCGAGUGGUACGGAUCAAGACACUAAUCGUAAAGGCUGUUGGUGUUAUCACAGCUGUCGUUGGCGGACUGGCGGGAGGCAAGGAAGGGCCUAUGAUCCACAGUGGAGCUGUGGUGGCGGCGGGUAUAUCUCAAGGCAAGAGCACGACCUUCAACAAGGACUUCAAGAUAUUCCAGUACUUCCGCGAGGAUCACGAGAAACGUGACUUUGUCUCGGCGGGCGCGGCUGCCGGUGUGUCCGCGGCUUUCGGUGCUCCUAUCGGUGGAGUACUGUUCUCUCUUGAAGAAGGAACGAGUUUCUGGAACCAGGCUUUGACAUGGCGAACUUUUUUCGGCACUGUGGUUUCCACUUUCACGUUAAACUGCGCCCUGUCAGCGUAUCAUGGAAGGGCGGGAGAAUUAAGCUUUCCUGGUCUUCUAAAUUUAGGCAAGAUGGAGCCAUUUCCAUUCCAAUUCUACGAGCUGCCCGUGUUCAUGUUCUUUGGUGCGGUUGGAGGGAUGCUAGGCGCUUUGUGGAAUUACAUCAACUACAGACUAGCCGUUUUUAGGAUAAGGUACAUAGGGACGCCUUGGUUGCGAGUGGUGGAGGCAUGUCUAGUGGCGGCCGCGAGCGCUACUUGUGGCUUCCUAAUGAUGUUCCUUCUAGACGACUGCAGACCAUUAGGAGAGGAUCCUACUAAAGUGCCUUUGCAGUUAUUCUGCGCAGACGGUGAAUACAACGCUCUAGCAGCUAUUUGGUUUCAAACACCCGAAGCGUCCGUACGUUCAUUCCUUCACGACCCAAUUGGAUCAUACAAGCCGUGGUCCAUCCUCGCAUUUGUUGCCUGCUACUUCCUAUUGUCUGCUUGGACAUUUGGGCUAUCAGUGUCCAGUGGGCUCUUUAUACCAAAUCUACUAACGGGCGCCGCCUGGGGAAGGAUGUUAGCAAUUAUAAUCCAGUACAUGCUACCUUCCAAUACGAUUAACCCUGCGAAGUACGCACUAAUCGGCGCCGCAGCCCAGCUGGGGGGAGUGGUGCGCAUGACGAUAUCAUUGACAGUCAUCAUCAUCGAGACCACGGGACAGAUCUCCAACGCGUUGCCCAUCAUCAUCACGCUGGUCGUCGCUAAAUGGGUUGGAGACUUCUUUAAUGAGGGUAUCUACGACAUACACAUCCAGUUGGCAGGAGUGCCUCUCCUGCCUUGGGAGCCCCCGCCGCUAGCCCAUAAUUUAUACGCAUCAGAAGUAAUGUCGCACCCUGUAUUUACUCUGAGGACCGUUGAGAACGUCGGCCAUAUUGUGGAGCUGCUUAAACUAGUCUCGUAUAACGGAUUCCCUGUUGUCGAUCCACCUUUAGCUGAUGAUGUGGAAGUGACAACGUACAAGCGGCUUAGAGGCAUGAUACUACGUUCUCAAUUAAUAGUACUGAUACAGAACAAGCUUUACAAUGAGAACGCCAACACGACCUGGUCAAAUUUCAACGUAGACAUGGAUAUGUUCAGAAAGGAAUACCCACGGUUUCCUUCCAUUGAUGAGUUGGAUGUGGCAGAAUGGGAGAAGGCAUGCACAAUAGACUUGCGUCCGUUCAUGAAUCCCUCGCCUUACACUCUGCCGCAUCGAGCGUCAUUACCGCGUCUCUUCAGAUUGUUCCGAGCACUUGGAUUAAGGCAUUUGCCUAUAGUAAAUGAUGUUAAUGAGGUGGUUGGCAUGGUAACUCGUAAGGAUAUUGCGAGAUAUCGAGUGUGGCGACAUCGUGGCCAUAUGGGCAUGGAGGAGUUGAUACUUUCUAGUGAAAUUUAAUAUAAUGUUUAUGCACAAGUGUCCGACCUAAGCACAAUUUAGUGACGAUUUCUUUUAGCCGAAAUUGUACUAAAAACAUUCAAUUUGGAAGACGACUUAUGAAGAACUUAUGAAGAUUAUAAUAAUUAUGAAACUAGUGGUAUUUUGACCAGAGGCAGUAUAUUUACCUUGUCUUAAUAUAUAUGAUAAAAUUGAGUGAGGAUGGAAAGCAUUUACAUGCAAUACAUUCAAAUCCCACUACAGUGCUCAACAAAGAUAGUAAAAUGUCCAAUAUAAAAAUUGUAAAGUAAUUGUAAGUUUCUUUUUGUGGAAAGUUAUAAUAUUCUUAUGAAGUGUAAUUACUUAUUGAAAUCUGUGAUCGUUACAGCUUGGGCUUGUAUCAGUAUGACAAAAUAUAUAAUAUAAU